AUGCCUUAUGUUUUGUGUAAUAGGGUAGUAUUUAGUGCGAGCAGUGUUCGCGCGUGCGUGUUCGGCCGUACCAGGCGGUACCAGUCCGUGCCAGGCUCGGUGCGCCCGAGUCGAGCACACCGCACACUACUGACUACACUCACUAACGACUCGGCCUUCUGUAAAGCGGAGUCAGUAGUGUGGAGAGGAUCGUCAGGCGGCCGUCUUGUCCGUAUUAACGAGAACUAUCAGUUGUUCUUAAUAAUGUUUGUAAACAAAAAUCGAUUCGAGCGAAUUAAAUGUUCUAGGAACGUACGACUGUUAGUGGACGGUUGA